AUGUCCAAGAGCCAAAAGAGCGAAAAGGACUCAAAACACUCGUUAAAGCUUCCGACCACAUCUCGUCGCCUGUCGUCCGCUUCGCCCGCUCCUUCGGGGUCCAAAUCCGCCACACCUGCCGCUCAACUCCGAGUAAAGGUCGAUCGUCCAUCGCCGUCUGCUUCUGCAAAGACUCCGCUGUUGCGUACAUCUUCGACUGCUCUACGUAGUCAGGCAACUACCCGUUCCGUCCAAGCUAAAUUUAGCAAAACCCGUGCAAUGGCUCUCAGCAACUUCGUCGCCGUCUCUGACAGACUGGUGCACUUCGAGAGUCGGGUCAGAGGGCCUGCAGCCGAAGAUGACAAUGUACACACGUACGAAAUCCGUCGUGACCGGCUGCAAGUCCUCUGGGACAAUGUCGAAGCCGCUUAUUCCACAUGCGCUGAUGCACUGCAUCAAGACGGCGACAGUGAAGGCACACAGGCGAUGGAGGCAAAAUACGAUCACUGCUAUGCAGUGGAGCGGUGUCUCGCCCGUGUUAAGGGGCAAAUUACCCAGGUUUCCGGGUCCAGCAGGAGUGAAGCAUCCGUUCCUCCUGUAUACUCCAGUGGCUGCCGGCUCCCUCCAGUCGACACCGAAGUGUUCCGUGGGGAUUACUUGCGGUGGCCGACUUUCCGUGACCUUUUCACGGCCAUCUAUGUCAACAAUCCAAGGAUGACUCCGGUCGAGAAACUUUUCCAUCUGAAUUCGAAGACCGCAGAUGAGGCCAAUGAAAUAGUAGACGAACGAUGCCAGUUGAAGAUCCUGUUUAACCUGUCCACGGUUACCCAAGAGUCGGGAGCAGCUAUCAAGGAGCUGCAGAGCACGAUUCAGCGUUGCUUGACCGCUCUUGAACAUUCAGACAUUUCCGUCUGUAGCCCGUUCGCAGAUUGCAUCCUCGUUUUCCUCUGCUCGUCCAAACUCCCCAAGCUCACACUCUCGUUGUGGGAGCAAUCGUUGGUGGACAAAGCGAAAAUUCCCGCAUGGCAGGAUAUGAGCACGUUCCUCAAUGAGCGCUACCGUACGCUCGAAGCGAUUGAGGACGUCAAACAGACUGCCAACUCACAGAUCGCGACUGCAGGACCAUCCCGUCCGCAGAAUUCGAAGCGAGUCAACUCCUUUGAGGCCCGAGUCACUCCGAAAGGCAAAUCGUGUGACUUGUGCUCAAAGGAGAAUCACCCUGUCCGGUCCACUCAAAAUCCGACGGCAACAAAUGUGCAGAAUUUCUUUGCCAAUAAUGCUCAGAAUGUCCUUCUCGGCACGGCGGUCAUCAAUGUUUGCCACUUGGGCACUACAUAUACCGCACGUGCGCUAAUUGAUUCCGGGUCCGAAGCGACCUUCAUUUCUGAGCGUUUGUUCCAACGCAUUAAGUUGCCUUUCCAGUCCGUGCGAGCCCAGGUAUCCGGGCUAAAUCACGCAGUUGCGGCCCAAUCGCCGAAGUUAUGUCACUUCAGCAUUGGUUCUCCGACGAAGCCGAGGCUCCAUAGCGAGACUUCGGCAUUCGUAAUCCCACAGUUGGCAGGCAAACUGCCCUCCUUCGAUAUGCCGCGAACUUUCCUAAAGGAUCUACCAGCGAUAGAACUGGCAGAUCCACACUUCUACAAGAGCGCUCAGAUCGAUAUACUAAUUGGCGCGGAUAUCCUUCCGUCGGUCAUCUUGAGCGGCUCCCGGCCAAACAUUUGUGGCUCACUCCUUGGGCAGGAAACCGUGUUUGGCUGGAUUCUUACCGGCCCCGUCUCCCAAAGUAUGUCGACAACUGUUUCUGCGUUUUCGACAAGAGUCGCCCUCCAAGCAGACGAACAGCUCGACAGCCUACUUUCCAAAUUUUGGGAGGUGGAGGAUAUUCCAGCGAAGCUGAUAAAGGAGUCAGACUUCGUUUGCGAAGAAAACUUCGUUAAGACUACUUCUCGUAGCAAAUGUGGCAGAUAUCGGGUGACUCUUCCAUUCCGGAAGCCCCAUGGCAUUGAACUGGGUCAUUCCAGAUCAAUAGCGCUGGCUCAAUUCCUCAAGAACGAGAAUUGUUUGUCAAGAAACGAUUCUCUAAAGGCGAUUGGCACGACUCCUAAUUUCUACCUGCCUCACCACGCCGUGUUCAAACCAGAUAGCACCACAACGAAGGUGCGGGUCGUUUUCAACGCAUCUUGUCCAUCCUCAAAUGGCAAGAGUCUGAAUGAUAUCCUUCAUUCAGGGCCCAUUCUCCAAUCGGAUCUCACAUUGCAGAUCCUACGAUGGCGAUACUAUCGAUAUGUGUUCAAUGCGGACAUAACGAAGAUGUAUCGCCAAAUCCUCAUGGACUCAAAGCACACACCGUUCCAACGAAUUCUGUUCCGCACGUCGGACGGUGUGAUCCGUGACUUUGAGUUGAACACGGUGACAUUGUGUGUCAACUGUGCGCCUAUCCUGGCUCUACGAGUCCUUCAGCAACUUGCUGAUGACAUACGCUUGGAGUAUCCUCUCGCAAGCCGUGUCAUUUCCAACAACAUGUACGUGGACGACGUCCUAGCGGGGACACACACAAGAGAAGAGGCCAUCCGGACCAUUACGGAAGUGUGUGCAGCCCUGGACAGUGCUGGCUUUCCGCUGAGGAAGUGGACGUCGAACCAUAAGAGCGUGCUGAAGGACAUUCCAAAGGACCAUCUACUACGAGAAGACUUCCUCGAACUCGAAGACUCUAGUACGGCGAAAACUCUGGGCAUCAGGUGGCAAGCUCACGAUGACGAGUUCUUCUUCAUGCCACCAGAAGUUGCCCAUCAGGACUCCUACACGAAGAGGGAAGUGCUCUCGCAAAUCGCUAAGCUUUUCGACCCAGCCGGGUGGCUGGCCCCUUUCGUUAUCCGAGCCAAGAUCUUCAUGCAGGAGAUCUGGCUGAGAACGCUCGAAUGGGACGAGCACCUACCCACGGAUCUUUCACUCCAAUGGAAGGAGUACCUCCAGAGCUAUCCUGCUCUGGGCAAGAUCCGGAUUCCAAGAAAGGGCGUACGGAGCAGCGAUCUAUAUCCGUGUGGAGACGGCGAACAAGGUUUCCACACAUCUCUUACUACUGCGAAGACAAAGGUGGCUCCUGUCAAGUCUCUCUCAGUGCCACGUCUGGAGCUUUGCGGCGCAGUCCUGUUGGCUGAGUUAUCUGCAGCCCUCCUCCUGAAUCUGCCAGCAGAAAGUUUCCAGACUUUCUUUUGGACUGAUUCAACAAUUGUUCUCGCCUGGUUGAACAAGCCACCCUGCAGAUGGACAACCUUUGUGGCCAAUCGCGUGGCCAAGAUCGUCCAAGCCAGCGACGCCAAGAACUGGUCGCAUGUGCGAUCCGAGCACAAUCCGGCAGAUCUCGCAAGCCGAGGUGUCCUGCCACAAGAAUUGAUGUGUAAUCCUUUGUGGUGGCAUGGACCAGAGUGGCUUCAUCUCCCGUCGGAUCAAUGGCCAACAUCUCCAAGUCCCAUUCCGGAGACUCUGCUGGAGCAAUGGGUGAAGUGCAACGUCGCUAAGUUACCUCCUACUCCUGACUUCCUAAAUAAGUUCUCUGAGUUUGGCAAGGCAUUGCGCACGUCCGCCUAUGUCCUCAGAUUCAUCGAUAGGAGUCGGAAGUUGGCAGUUCCAAGCUCUACCGUGGUCCAAGCGGAUGAGCUGUCACGGAUCCAAGAGCGGCUAAUCGUCAUGGCUCAACGACAAACUUUCCAACAGGAAUACCAAUGUCUGCAGUCCAAGCAGCAGGUUCCUUCCUCAAGUUCAAUCCGAAACUUGAACCCUUUCCUCGACGGCAAGGGGAUUCUACGGGCCUGUGGGCGUCUGAGGGCGUCCCACUCGCUGCGUUAUGAUGAGAGUCAUCCAAUCAUCCUCUCGUAUUCCUCGUCCUUUGCACGACUACUGGUUCGUUUCACCCAUCGUAUAUCCUUACAUGGGGGUAACCAAGUCGUCAUGCGGCUGAUCCGCUCCAGAUUCUGGAUUCCAAAAUUGAAGGUCCUCGUUAAAUCCACCAUCAACUCCUGCAAGGUUUGCGUCAUCUACAAGAAGAGAUUGCAGACCCAAAUGAUGGGGGACUUGCCCAAGGAAAGGGCGUCCUACUCGAGACCUUUCACGCACACUGGAGUCGACUUCGCUGGCCCAUUCGAAAUAAAGAACUACACUGGCCGAGCCUGCCUCAUCACCAAAGGGUACGUCUGCGUCUUCGUGUGCUUCAGCACGAAGGCGAUCCACUUGGAGGCAACAUCGGAUCUCACGACGGAGAAAUUCCUGGCCGCAUUCUCCCGUUUCAUCGCACGGCGCGGGUGUCCACACCAAAUGUACUCGGACAACGGGAAAACCUUCGUUGGAGCUGACAAGGUGAUCUCCAACGACUUCUUGGAAGCGACGAGGGAGUGCAUCAUCGCACAACACGCCCACAAGAGCCUAUCCUGGCACUUCAACCCGCCGGGCGCCCCGCUUAUGGGUGGAUUAUGGGAAGCCGGCGUAAAGAGUUUUAAGGCACUCUUUUACAAGGCGACAUCCACCUCGAAAUAUACGUUCGAAGAGUUGUCCACUCUUCUCGCUAAAAUCGAAGCCUGCCUGAAUUCGAGGCCGAUUUCCCCUAUGUCCGAGGAUCCGUCGGAUUUACUAGCGCUCACUCCUGGCCAUUUCCUCAUAGGUGGCCCUCUUAUUUCGGUGUUGGAACCACCAAUUAACCAACCGGCCACCUCCAUCCUCAAUCGAUGGCAGCGACUGAAGGCUCUUCACCAACAAUUUUGUUUCCGUUGGAAAGAUGAGUACCUGAAGGAGCUGCACAAACGGACGAAAUGA